CCUGAAGUUCCUCACUUCGUCCACUCCUACAUCUAGGGAAGUGUCUGAGUGCAUGGAUGCGCUAUGGGCUUCAUUCACCUCCAUGCAUGACUCCGAUCAAAAUGAUACAGCUAGAACCGAGCGAGCGCAAGCCAAUGAGAUUGAGAUGGUGAACGCACCAGGAUUAAGUUCGUGAAACAAGUCUUUCGGUGUGAGACAUCCACAAGCAUCGUAGUUCAAGACAGUGCCGGCAAACUGAAUAGUGUCUUGUGGAUCACGUCUUGAAAGGAGACACUGUCUUUAUCUACAUGGCUAUGCCGACAUGCGAAGAACAUUUAAACCAGUUGAAGUAUCGCAUUACAUGCAGAUCUCAUCAUCAUCACCACCUCCAACAACAACAAUAUUGCCACAAUACACUCGAUUUCGAACGCCUUUGAUCCUCCCUUCCUCCCACCAAGAACAGUUCAAGAUGCAACUCAUUCAUCUUCUUCUCCUCCUACUCUCUCUGAUUGCUUCCAACCACGCCACCCAUCCCGGAGACUCGCUCCAGCAUCCAGGAAACUGCCACCUCAUCACCAGCGCAGAGCUGUACCUCCUAUCGUUCAGCGACGGCCAACAUGCACCCACGUACGCAAAGAUGCUAAGGAACGACACCAUCCUUGCGGUUCCAGCAGCGCCAGCAAAGACCUCCAACCCCUCCUCUCGCGCCAGGAACUCUCAAUACUCCAAUCCCCAUCUCAACUACAUCGCUGAGCUGUGCAGCGAAAUUCACAACUUCGACACCGCGGUCGAUCUCUGCAUCUCCGGCCACCCCGACUGCGACCGCGCUGCCGUCGUCUCCCAGGGCGACGCUACCCUCGCGAAAUUGGGGGAUCUCAUCGACAUGAGACGGGAUCGUCGGAGCACCAUGAUCAACGCUCAGACGGAAGCCUUGGAAUUGGACGAUAAAUGCAUCAGCCUAUUGCAAGGCAGUAGUCUCGCGUCCGCUUCCGAUCCAGAGCUGAGCGAAUGUGCGACGAACAUCCAGAAGUUUGUCGCUCAGGAAGCUUAUCUUUGUGGCCUGUCGCAGUCCACCCACACACUCGAGUCAGAAAACGAAAGGAUCAACUCUGAACUGAGCAGCUUCUACGACAAAGAGAAGAAGGCGGCGGAUGAGCGGAGCGGGAAGUCACGCGAGGAGGAGAAGGGAGUGAGGCAAAGCUUCACGAUACUUUGGGAAGCUGCUCAGGGGCUUUGGCAGGAGCUUGUGGGACGGGUCUUGCGAUGCUGGAGGUGCUUCAGGGUCUGAGAGGCGGUUCGGGAUGCUUCGCGGUAUCUGCUUGUGGAUGGAGUCUGCUAUUAUGCAGGCAAGAGCGUUAGGGGAAGGUGUUGUGCGAGC